CUCAUGCAGUUUUUUCCUCGCCGGCAGCCGUUUAUAUUCAAGCUUUUGGACUGCACUGAUACCUAAAGACACCAAACGCCGCAGGCCUCCGCCGGCUGAGAGUGGCCGGAGAGAGAUAAACAACGGCACGCUGUGGAUGUAGCUGAUGAAAAUGCCCUAAAAACAACACAAAAAAAGUGGAAAUAUGCUGUUUAUACGAAUCUGCAGACUGCUUCCUAAUGUGUCCAUGUCACAGGCACUACCAAGACACGCACUCAUCCGCCGAAGCAUGGCCUCAGACCCGGCGGCGACGGACACAACCCGGUUCGACUUUCUGGUGAUCGGCGGCGGGUCUGGAGGUCUGGCCGGCGCUCGGAGGGCGUCCGAGCUGGGAGCAACCACCGCCGUGAUCGAGAGUCACAAACUCGGAGGUACCUGCGUCAAUGUUGGCUGUGUCCCUAAGAAGGUUAUGUGGAAUGCUGCAGUUCACGCCGAGUAUCUCCAUGAUCACAGUGAUUAUGGCUUCGACGUUGGAAAUGUUCGUUUUAGUUGGGAAACACUCAAGGCCAAAAGGGACGCUUACAUUGGUCACCUAAAUCGAAUUUAUCGCAACAAUCUUGAUAAAGCUAAAAUCCAAACUAUUCAAGGUCAUGCCAGGUUUACCAGCGACCCUGAACCUACUGUCGAGGUCAAUGGAAAGAAGUAUACAGCUCCUCACAUCCUCAUCGCCACUGGAGGGCAGCCUUCUGUUCUGUGUGAUGAUGAAGUUCCAGGGGCGAGUCUGGGCAUUACCAGUGAUGGCUUUUUUGAACUUGAAACUCUGCCAAAGCGCAGUGUGAUUGUGGGUGCAGGUUAUAUUGCAGUGGAGAUGGCAGGCAUCCUUUCCACCCUGGGGUCUAAAACAUCCCUCGUCAUUCGACAGACAACUGUUUUGAGGAACUUUGACAGCUUGAUAAGCACAAACUGCACCAAAGAACUGCAAAACUCCGGUGUGGAUCUGUGGAAGAACUCUCAGGUGAAGUCUGUGCGUAAAACGGACAAAGGACUGGAGGUGACGAUCGCCACCAAAGACCCGGAGAAGAAGAACGAAGAGGAGAAGAUCAGAACCAUCCAGGAGGUGGACUGCCUUCUGUGGGCCAUCGGCAGGCAGCCUAACAGCGCUGGACUGAACAUCGGCGAGAUGACUGUGGACACAGAUGAAAGAGGACAUAUCAUUGUGGAUGAGUUUCAGAACACCAGCCGAGCAGGGAUCUACGCUGUCGGGGACGUUUGUGGCAAAGCUCUUCUCACACCUGUUGCCAUCGCUGCAGGCAGGAAGCUGGCACACAGACUGUUUGAGGGCAAGAAGGACUCCAAGUUGGACUACUCCACCAUCCCCACAGUGGUGUUCAGCCACCCACCCAUCGGGACGGUCGGCCUCACAGAAGAGGAGGCCAUCAGAGCCCGAGGAAAGGAGAACGUGAAGAUCUACAAGACUUCAUUCACUCCGAUGUAUCAUGCCAUCACGAGCAGGAAGAGUCAGUGCAUCAUGAAGCUGGUGUGUGUGGGCAAAGAGGAGAAGGUGGUGGGCCUCCACAUGCAGGGCCUGGGCUGUGAUGAGAUGCUGCAGGGUUUCACAGUGGCCAUCAAAAUGGGCGCAACCAAAGCAGACUUUGACAAGACUAUCGCCAUUCACCCCACCUCAUCUGAGGAGUUUGUCACCAUGCGUUAAUGUCAACACGAACCCCACCCCCUCGUGUCCCUAUACGAAACAGAAACACAGACCACCAGCACACACAGCUCUCGCAUUAGCUUGACCACUUGCUUUUCUAAAAAAAAAAAAAAACAACAUACUUCCAUUUGCUCUCAUUCAAGUGACCUUAUUCGUGCGCAGUGUUUUCCUUUUUUUUUUUCAAUUUUUUUUUUAUCUAAAUGGACCAAGACGGAGUUAUGGCCUUCUUAAACUGUACUGUGGGUCUUUAAUUAUCGAUUGAAUAUUCCAGAUUCCAUUUUAAUGAUUGUGAAAUGGAAGUGAUGGAUCUGCAGGUAUUGUUAAGUGAUUGCAUGGAAAGUCAAAAGACCUCUCUCCUAGUGUCUGUGUUUGAUUUGUCAGUCAUUUGUCUGAUGGAUAUUAAAAGCACUGCUGCUCCUUAAGGUACCUAUUUACUACCGAUGCAAGGUCAUAACACAUCUACUGUACUGUUCUAAAGAUUCAAUAAACCUGCAGGUUUUUUUUCUUA